GUGACAUCCACACCGCUAACAAGCACCCCUGCCUCAUCAUGGUCUACUAGUUCUUUGCCCUCAAUGGUAACUUUGGGACCAACAGCAAGUUCUGCCAGGGAAAGUGAGUCAACCUCUGUAUAUUCAUCCACAGACUCUUCACCUACAGCAACAUCAAUACCACAAGCAAGCACCCCUACCUCAUCAUUGUCCACUACUUCUUUGCCUUCAAUGGUGACAGCUAAAAAAGGAGAAACCAGCUCUAACUCUGUGUCAGAGACAACAAUACGUUCUGUUGUUGAAAGCGAGUUAACCUCUGUCUCUUCAUACACAGAAUUUCUAGCAACAUCCACACCACUACCAAGCACCACUUACUCAUCAUCUUUUUCUAAUACUUUGCCUUCAAUGGUAACUGCUGAAGCAGGAGAAACCAGCUCUAAAGCAGUAUCUGGGCCAACAGCACGUUCCGCCAUGGAAAGUGAGUCAAACUCUUUCUCUUCAUACAUAGACACUUUGCCUACAGCAACAUACAUAACAAAAGGAAGCACUUUUACCUCACCAUUGUCUGCUAGUUCUUUGCCUUCAAUAGUGACAUCUGAAAAAGUAGAAACCAGCUCUAACUCUGUAUCGGAGAUGACAACAAAUUCUGUUGCUGAAAGAGUGUUAACCUCUGUCUCUUCAUACACAGAAUCUUCCAUGCCACUAGGAAGCACCCCUGGCUCUUCAUCAUCUACUAGUUCUUUGCCCUCAAUGGUAACAGGAGAAACCAGCUUUAGAAGUGUAUCAGGGCUGACAGCAGGUUCCGCCAUGGAAAGUGCAUCAACCUCUGUCACUUCAUCCAUGGACUCUUCAACUACAUUGACAUCUAUAACAGUAACAGGCACACCUGCAUCAUCAUCAUCCUCUAGUUCCUUGCCAUCAAUGAUGGCAUCUGAAAAAAUAGAAACUAGCUCUAACUCCGUAUCGAAGUCGACAACAAGUUCUGUUGCUGAAAACGAGUUAACCUCUGUCUCUUUAUAUACAGAAUCUUCAGCGACAUCCACACCGGUAACAAGCACCCCUGGCUCAGCAUUAUCUACUAGUUAUUUGCCCUCAAUGGUAACUUCUGAAAUAGGAGAAAUCAGCUCUAGAACAAUAUCUGGAAUGACAGCAACUUCCACCGUGGAAAAUGAGUCAACCUCUUUCUCUUCAUCCAAAGACUCUUCAUCUACAGCAAUGUCCAUACAACUAACAAGGAACCCUGCCUCAUUAUCAUCCUCUAGUUUAUUGCCAUCAAAGUUGACAUCUGAAAAAGGGGAAAUCAGCUCUAACUCCAUAUUAAAGCUGACAACAAGUUCUGUUGCUGAAAGUGAGUUAACCUCUGUCUCUUCAUACACAGAAUCUUCAGCAACAUCCGCACCACUAACAGGCAACACUGUCUCAUCAUCUUCCACUAGUUCUUUUCCCUCAGUGGCAACUUCUGAAAUAGAAAAAGCCAGCUCUAGAAUGGUAUCAGGGCCAUCAGCAAGAUCCACCACGGAAAGUGAGUCAACCUCUCUCUUGUCAUCCAUAGUCUCUUCACCUAUAGAAAUAUCCAUACCAGAAGCAAGCACCUCUGCCUCCUUAUCAUCCACUAGUUCUUUGCCAUCAAUGGUGACAUCAGAUAAAGGAGAAACCAGCUCUAACUCUGAAUCUGAGCCAAAAACAAGUUCUGUUGCUGAAAGCGAGUUAAGCUCUGAGUCUUCAUUCACAGAAUCGGCAGCAAAAUCCAAACCACUAACAAGUACCCCUGGCUCAUCAUCAUCUACUAGUUCUUUGCCAUCAACGGUAACUUUUGAAACAGGAGAAACCAGUUCUCAAACAGUUUCUGGGCUGACAGCGAGUUUGGCCAUGGAAAGUGAGUCAACAUCUGUGUCUUCAUCCAAAGACUCUUCACCUACAGAAACAUCCAUACCACUAACAAGCACCUCUGCUAUAUCAUCAUCCACUAGUUCUUUGCCUUUAAUGGUGACAUCUGAAAAAACUGAAACCAGCUCAAACUUUGUAUCAGAGCCAACAACAAGUUCUGUUGCUAAAAGUGAGUUAACUUCUGUCUCUUCAUACACCGAAUCUUCAGCGACAUCAACACUACUAACAAGCACCACUGACUCAUUAUCGUAUACUAGUUCUUUGCCCUCAAUCGAAACUUCUGAAACAGUAGAAACCAGCUCUAGAACAGUAUCUGGGCCGACAGCAAGUUCCACCAUGGAAAGUUACUUUGCCCUCUGUGACACAGAAUCAGCAGUGGCAUCCAUGCCACUGGUAAGAACCCAUGGUUCAUCAUCAUCUACUAGUUCUUUGUCAUCAAUGAUAACUUCUGAAGCAGGAGAAACCAGCUUUAAAACAGUACCUGCAAGUUCUGCCAUGGAAAGUGAGUCAACGUCUGUCUCUUCAACCACAGAAUCUUCCCCUACAACAACAUCCAUACCAGUAAUAAGCACCCCUGCUUCGUCAUCAUCCACAAGAUCUUUGCCUUCAAUGGUGACAUCAGAAAAAGGAGAAUCCAGUACUAACGCUGUAUCGGAGCAGACAACAAAUUCUGUUGCUCAAAGCGAGUUAACCUCUGUCUCUUCAGACACAGAAUCAUCAGCGACAUACACACCACUAACAAGCAAUCCGGACUUAUCAUCUUCUACUUUUUCUUUGCCUUCAGUGGUAACUUCACAGACAGGAGAAACCAGCUCUACAACGGUAUCAGGGACAACAGCAAGUUCUGCUAGGGAAAGUGAGUUAACCUCUGUCUCUUCAUCCACAGGCUCUUCACUUAUAGCAACAACCAUACCACAAGCAAGUACUCCUACGUCAUCAUUGUCCACUAGUUCUUUACCUUCAAUGGUGACAUCUGAAAAAGGAGAAAACAGCUCUAACUCGGUUUCGGAGCCUACAACAAGUCCUUUUGCUAAAAACACAGAAUCAGCAGCGGCAUCCACGCCACUGGUAAGAACCCAUGGUUCAUCAUCAUCUACUAGUUCUUUGUCGUCAAUGAUAACUUCUAAAGCAGGAGAAACCAGCUUUAAAACAGUACCUGCAAGUUCUGCCAUGGAAAGUGAGUCAACGUCUGUCUCUUCAACCACAGAAUCUUCCCCUACAGCAACAUCCAUACCAGUAAUAAGCACCCCUGCUUCGUCAUCAUCCAGAAGAUCUUUGCCUUCAAUGUUGACAUCAGAAAAAGGAGAAUCCAGUACUAACGCUGUAUCGGAGCAGACAACAAAUUCUGAUGCUCAAAGCGAGUUAACCUCUGUCUCUUCAGACACAGAAUCAUCAGUGACAUACACACCACUAACAAGCAAUUCGGACUUAUCAUCUUCUACUUUUUCUUUGCCUUCAGUGGUAACUUCACAGACAGGAGAAACCAGCUCUACAACGGUAUCAGGGACAACAGCAAGUUCUGCUAGGGAAAGUGAGUUAACCUCUGUCUCUUCAUCCACAGACUCUUCACUUAUAGCAACAACCAUACCACAAGCAAGUACUCCUACCUCAUCAUUGUCCACUAGUUCUUUACCUUCAAUGGUGACAUCAGAAAAAGGCGAAUCCAGUACUAACUCUGUAUCGGAGCAGACAACAAAUUCUGUUGCUCAAAGCGAGUUAACCUCUGUCUCUUCAGACACAGAAUCUUCAGUGACAUACACACCAUUAACAAGCAAUCCGGACUUAUCAUCUUCUACUUUUUCUUUGCCUUCAGUGGUAACUUCACAGACAGGAGAUACCAGCUCUACAACGGUAUCAGGGACAACAGCAAGUUCUGCUAGGGAAAGUGAGUUAACCUCUGUCUCUUCAUCCACAGACUCUUCACUUACAGCAACAACCAUACCACAAGCAAGUACUCCUACCUCAUCAUUGUCCGCUAGUUCUUUACCUUCAUUGUUGACAUCUGAAAAAGGAGAAACCAGCUCUAACUCGGUUUCGGCGCCUACAACAAGUCCUUUUGCUAAAAGUGAGUUAAACUCUGUGUCCUCAUACACAGAAUCUUCAGUGACAUCCACACCACUAACAAGCACCCCUGGCUCAUUAUCUGCUAGUUCUUUGCUUUCAAUGGUAACUUCUGAAAUAGGAGAAACCAGCUCUAGAACAGUAUCUGGGCUGACUGCUAGUUCCACCAUGGAAAGUGAGUCAACUUCUGUCUCUUCAUCCACAGACUAUUCACCUACAGCAACAUCCAUACCACUAACAAGCACCCUUGCCACAUCAUCAUCCACUAGUUCUUUGCCUUCAAUGGUGACAUCUGAAAAAACAAAAACCAGCUCUAACUCUGUAUCAGAGCUGACAACAAGUUCUGUUGCUGAUAGUGAGUUAACCUCUGUAUCUUCAUAUACAGAAUCUUCAGCGAUCAUACUACUAACAAGCACCCCUGGCUCAUCACAGUCUUCUAGUUCUUUGCCCUCAAUGAUAACUUCUAAAACAGGAGAAACCAGUUCUCAAACCUUAUCUGGGCUGACAGAAAGUUCCACCAUAGAAAGUGAGUCAAUAUCUAUGUCUUCAUUCAAAGAUUCUUCACCUGCAGAAACAUCCAUACCACUAACAAGCACCACUACUUCGUCAGCAUCAACUAGUUCUUUGCCUUCAAUGGUGACAUCUGAAAAAGGAGAAACCAGCUCUAACUCCGUAUCAGAGCCGACAAAAAGCUCUGUUGCUGAAAGUCAGUUAACUUCUGUCUCUUCAUACACAGAUUCUUCAGCGAUAUCAACAAAACUAACAAGCACCCCUGACUCAUCAUCUACUAGUUCUUUGCCCUCAAUGGUAACUUUCUUUGCCCUCAGUGAAUCUUCCCCUACAACGAAAUCCAUACCAGUAAUAAGCACCCCUGCUUCGUCAUCAUCCACAAUAUCUUUGCCUUCAAUGGUGACAUCAGAAAAAGGGGAAUCCAGUACUAACUCUGUAUCGGAGCAGACAACAAAUUCUGUUGCUCAAAGCGAGUUAACCUCUGUCUCUUCAGACACAGAAUCUUCAGCGACAUACACACCAUUAACAAGCAAUCCGGACUUAUCAUCUACUACUUUUUCUUUGCCUUCAGUGGUAACUUCACAGACAGGAGAUACCAGCUCUACAACGGUAUCAGGGACAACAGCAAGUUCUGCUAGGGAAAGUGAGUUAACCUCUGUCUCUUCAUCCACAGACUCUUCACUUAUAGCAACAACCAUACCACAAGCAAGUACUCCUACGUCAUCAUUGUCCACUAGUUCUUUACCUUCAAUGGUGACAUCUGAAAAAGGAGAAACCAGCUCUAACUCGGUUUCGGAGCCUACAACAAGUCCUUUUGCUAAAACUUCAUCCACAGACUAUUCACCUACAGCAACAUCCAUACCACUAACAAGCACCCUUGCCACAUCACUGACAACAAGUUCUGUUGCUGAUAAUUAUUCACCUACAGCAACGUCCAUACCACUAACAAGCACCCCUGCUUCGUCAGCAUCAACUAGUUCUUUGCCUUCAAUGGUGACAUCUGAAAAAGGAGAAACCAGCUCUAACUCCGUAUCAGAGCCGACAAAAAGCUCUGUUGCUGAAAGUCAGUUAACCUCUGUCUCUUCAUACACAGAUUCUUCAGCGAUAUCAACAAAACUAACAAGCACCCCUGACUCAUCAUCUACUAGUUCUUUGCCCUCAAUGGUAACUUCUGAAACAGGAGAAACCAGCUCUAGAACAGUAUUUGGACUGACUGCUAGUUCCACCAUGGAAAGUGAACCAACAUCUGUCUCUUCAUCCACACAUUAUUCACCUACAGCAACGUCCAUACCACUAACAAGCACCCUUGACACAUCAUCAUCCACUAGUUCUUUGCCUUCAAUGGUGACAUCUGAAAAAACAGAAACCAGAUCUAACUCCGCAUCGGAGAUAACAACAAGUUUUGUUUCUGAAAGCGAGUUAACCUCUGUCCCUUCAUACACAGAAUCUUCAGCGAUAUCCACACCAUUAAUAAUUACCACUGACUCAUCAUCUUAUUCUAGUUCUUUGCCCUCAGUGGUAACUUCUGAAACAGUAGAAACAAGCUCUAGAACAGUAUCAGGGCAUACAACAAAUUCCGCCAGGGAAAGUGAGACAACCUCUGUCUCUUCAUCCAUAGACAAUCCACCUACAGAAACAUCCAUACCACAAGCAAGCACCACUACAUCAUCAUUGUCCACUAACACAGAAUCAGCAGCGGCAUCCACGCCACUGGUAAGAACCCAUGGUUCAUCAUCAUCUACUAGUUCUUUGUCGUCAAUGAUAACUUCUGAAGCAGGAGAAACCAGCUUUAAAACAGUACCUGCAAGUUCUGCCAUGGAAAGUGAGUCAACGUCUGUCUCUUCAACCACAGAAUCUUCCCCUACAGCAACAUCCAUACCAGUAAUAAGCACCCCUGCUUCGUCAUCAUCCACAAGAUCUUUGCCUUCAAUGUUGACAUCAGAAAAAGGAGAAUCCAGUACUAACGCUGUAUCGGAGCAGACAACAAAUUCUGUUGCUCAAAGCGAGUUAACCUCUGUCUCUUCAGACACAGAAUCAUCAGUGACAUACACACCACUAACAAGCAAUUCGGACUUAUCAUCUUCUACUUUUUCUUUGCCUUCAGUGGUAACUUCACAGACAGGAGAAACCAGCUCUACAACGGUAUCAGGGACAACAGCAAGUUCUGCUAGGGAAAGUGAGUUAACCUCUGUCUCUUCAUCCACAGACUCUUCACUUAUAGCAACAACCAUACCACAAGCAAGUACUCCUACCUCAUCAUUGUCCACUAGUUCUUUAUCUUCAAUGGUGACAUCUGAAAAAGGAGAAACCAGCUCUAACUCGGUUUCGGAGCCUACAACAAGUCCUUUUGCUAAAAUCUCUUCAUCCACAGACUAUUCACCUACAGCAACAUCCAUACCACUAACAAGCACCCUUGCCCUGACAACAAGUUCUGUUGCUGAUAAUUAUUCACCCACAGCAACGUCCAUACCACUAACAAGCACCCUUGACACAUCAUCAUCCACUAGUUCUUUGCCUUCAAUGGUGACAUCUGAAAAAACAGAAACCAGAUCUAACUCCGCAUCGGAGAUAACAACAAGUUUUGUUUCUGAAGGCAAGUUAACCUCUGUCCCUUCAUACACAGAAUCUUCAGCGACAUCCACACCAUUAAUAAUUACAACUGACUCAUCAUCUUAUUCUAGUUCUUUGCCCUCAGUGGUAACUUCUGAAACAGUAGAAACAAGCUCUAGAACAGUAUCAGGGCAUCCAACAAAUUCCGCCAGGGAAAGUGAGACAACCUCUGUCUCUUCAUCCAUAGACAAUUCACCUACAGAAACAUCCAUACCACAAGCAAGCACCACUACCUCAUCAUUGUCCACUAGUUCUUUGCCUUCAAUGAUGACAUCUGAAAAAAUAGAAAUCAGCUCUAACUCUGUAUCAGAGCUGACAACAAGUUCUGUUGCUGAAAGUGAGUUAACCCAUGUCUUUACAGACACAGAAUCAGCAGCGGCAUCCACGCCACUGAUAAGAACCCAUGGUUCAUCAUCAUCUACUAGUUCUUUGUCGUCAAUGAUAACUUCUGAAACAGGAGAAACCAGCUUUAAAACAGUACCUGCAAGUUAUGCCAUGGAAAGUGAGUCAACAUCUGUCUCUUCAUCCACAGAAUCUUCCCCUACAACGAAAUCCAUACCAGUAAUAAGCACCCCUGCUUCGUCAUCAUCCACAAUAUCUUUGCCUUCAAUGGUGACAUCAGAAAAAGGGGAAUCCAGUACUAACUCUGUAUCGGAGCAGACAACAAAUUCUGUUGCUCAAAUCGAGUUAACCUCUGUCUCUUCAGACACAGAAUCUUCAGCGACAUACACACCAUUAACAAGCAAUCCGGACUUAUCAUCUACUACUUUUUCUUUGCCUUCAGUGGUAACUUCACAGACAGGAGAUACCAGCUCUACAACGGUAUCAGGGACAACAGCAAGUUCUGCUAGGGAAAGUGAGUUAACCUCUGUCUCUUCAUCCACAGACUCUUCACUUAUAGCAACAACCAUACCACAAGCAAGUACUCCUACGUCAUCAUUGUCCACUAGUUCUUUACCUUCAAUGGUGACAUCUGAAAAAGGAGAAACCAGCUCUAACUCGGUUUCGGAGCCUACAACAAGUCCUUUUGCUAAAAAUUAUUCACCUACAGCAACGUCCAUACCACUAACAAGCACCCCUGCUUCUUCAGCAUCAACUAGUUCUUUGCCUUCAAUGGUGACAUCUGAAAAAGGAGAAACCAGCUCUAACUCCGUAUCAGAGCCGACAAAAAGCUCUGUUGCUGAAAGUCAGUUAACCUCUGUCUCUUCAUACACAGAUUCUUCAGCGAUAUCAACAAAACUAACAAGCACCCCUGACUCAUCAUCUACUAGUUCUUUGCCCUCAAUGGUAACUUCUGAAACAGGAGAAACCAGCUCUAGAACAGUAUUUGGACUGACUGCUAGUUCCACCAUGGAAAGUGAACCAACAUCUGUCUCUUCAUCCACACAUUAUUCACCUACAGCAACGUCCAUACCACUAACAAGCACCCUUGACACAUCAUCAUCCACUAGUUCUUUGCCUUCAAUGGUGACAUCUGAAAAAACAGAAACCAGAUCUAACUCCGCAUCGGAGAUAACAACAAGUUUUGUUUCUGAAAGCGAGUUAACCUCUGUCCCUUCAUACACAGAAUCUUCAGCGAUAUCCACACCAUUAAUAAUUACCACUGACUCAUCAUCUUAUUCUAGUUCUUUGCCCUCAGUGGUAACUUCUGAAACAGUAGAAACAAGCUCUAGAACAGUAUCAGGGCAUACAACAAAUUCCGCCAGGGAAAGUGAGACAACCUCUGUCUCUUCAUCCAUAGACAAUCCACCUACAGAAACAUCCAUACCACAAGCAAGCACCACUACCUCAUCAUUGUCCACUAGUUCUUUGCCUUCAAUGAUGACAUCUGAAAAAAUAGAAAUCAGCUCUAACUCUGUAUCAGAGCUGACAACAAGUUCUGUUGCUGAAAGUGAGUUAACCCAUGCCUUUACAGACACAGAAUCAGCAGCGGCAUCCACGCCACUGGUAAGAACCCAUGGUUCAUCAUCAUCUACUAGUUCUUUGUCGUCAAUGAUAACUUCUGAAGCAGGAGAAACCAGCUUUAAAACAGUACCUGCAAGUUCUGCCAUGGAAAGUGAGUCAACGUCUGUCUCUUCAACCACAGAAUCUUCCCCUACAGCAACAUCCAUACCAGUAAUAAGCACCCCUGCUUCGUCAUCAUCCACAAGAUCUUUGCCUUCAAUGUUGACAUCAGAAAAAGGAGAAUCCAGUACUAACGCUGUAUCGGAGCAGACAACAAAUUCUGUUGCUCAAAGCGAGUUAACCUCUGUCUCUUCAGACACAGAAUCAUCAGUGACAUACACACCACUAACAAGCAAUUCGGACUUAUCAUCUUCUACUUUUUCUUUGCCUUCAGUGGUAACUUCACAGACAGGAGAAACCAGCUCUACAACGGUAUCAGGGACAACAGCAAGUUCUGCUAGGGAAAGUGAGUUAACCUCUGUCUCUUCAUCCACAGACUCUUCACUUAUAGCAACAACCAUACCACAAGCAAGUACUCCUACCUCAUCAUUGUCCACUAGUUCUUUAUCUUCAAUGGUGACAUCUGAAAAAGGAGAAACCAGCUCUAACUCGGUUUCGGAGCCUACAACAAGUCCUUUUGCUAAAAGUGAGUUAAACUCUGUGUCCUCAUACACAGAAUCUUCAGUGACAUCCACACCACUAACAAGCACCCCUGGCUCAUUAUCUGCUAGUUCUUUGCUUUCAAUGGUAACUUCUGAAAUAGGAGAAACCAGCUCUAGAACAGUAUCUGGGCUGACAGCUAGUUCCACCAUGGAAACAACAUCCAUACCACUAACAAGCACCCUUGCCACAUCAUCACUGACAACAAGUUCUGUUGCUGAUAAUUAUUCACCCACAGCAACGUCCAUACCACUAACAAGCACCCUUGACACAUCAUCAUCCACUAGUUCUUUGCCUUCAAUGGUGACAUCUGAAAAAACAGAAACCAGAUCUAACUCCGCAUCGGAGAUAACAACAAGUUUUGUUUCUGAAGGCAAGUUAACCUCUGUCCCUUCAUACACAGAAUCUUCAGCGACAUCCACACCAUUAAUAAUUACAACUGACUCAUCAUCUUAUUCUAGUUCUUUGCCCUCAGUGGUAACUUCUGAAACAGUAGAAACAAGCUCUAGAACAGUAUCAGGGCAUACAACAAAUUCCGCCAGGGAAAGUGAGACAACCUCUGUCUCUUCAUCCAUAGACAAUUCACCUACAGAAACAUCCAUACCACAAGCAAGCACCACUACCUCAUCAUUGUCCACUAGUUCUUUGCCUUCAAUGAUGACAUCUGAAAAAAUAGAAAUCAGCUCUAACUCUGUAUCAGAGCUGACAACAAGUUCUGUUGCUGAAAGUGAGUUAACCCAUGCCUUUACAGAAACAGAAUCAGCAGCGGCAUCCACACCACUGGUAAGAACCCAUGGUUCAUCAUCAUCUACUAGUUCUUUGUCGUCAAUGAUAACUUCUGAAACAGGAGAAACCAGCUUUAAAACAGUACCUGCAAGUUCUGCCAUGGAAAGUGAGUCAACAUCUGUCUCUUCAUCCACAGAAUCUUCCCCUACAACGAAAUCCAUACCAGUAAUAAGCACCCCUGCUUCGUCAUCAUCCACAAUAUCUUUGCCUUCAAUGGUGACAUCAGAAAAAGGGGAAUCCAGUACUAACUCUGUAUCGGAGCAGACAACAAAUUCUGUUGCUCAAAGCGAGUUAACCUCUGUCUCUUCAGACACAGAAUCUUCAGCGACAUACACACCAUUAACAAGCAAUCCGGACUUAUCAUCUACUACUUUUUCUUUGCCUUCAGUGGUAACUUCACAGACAGGAGAUACCAGCUAUACAACGGUAUCAGGGACAACAGCAAGUUCUGCUAGGGAAAGUGAGUUAACCUCUGUCUCUUCAUCCACAGACUCUUCACUUAUAGCAACAACCAUACCACAAGCAAGUACUCCUACCUCAUCAUUGUCCACUAGUUCUUUACCUUCAAUGGUGACAUCUGAAAAAGGAGAAACCAGCUCUAUCUCGGUUUCGGAGCCUACAACAAGUCCUUUUGCUAAAAGUGAGUUAAACUCUGUGUCCUCAUACACAGAAUCUUCAGUGACAUCCACACCACUAACAAGCACCCCUGGCUCAUUAUCUGCUAGUUCUUUGCUUUCAAUGGUAACUUCUGAAAUAGGAGAAACCAGCUCUAGAACAGUAUCUGGGCUGACAGCUAGUUCCACCAUGGAAAGUGAGUCAACCUCUGUCUCUUCAUCCACAGACUAUUCACCUACAAAUCUUCAGCGACCAUACCACUAA